AAUUUUACUUCCUGUUGUGAAAUUUGCAGAAAACUAAGAACUCAUAUUUUCACAAAAAUGUUCCAUAAACCGUUCAAAGUACGCUCCCAGACGGCGAUCAAAGGAUCAGACAGGAAGAAACUGCGUGCUAAUGUUGAAAAACAGUUUCCAAAUGCAGCUGGAGUUGCUGCAAGAGAAAUCAUACCAAAUAAGGAAGAAAUGACAGUGACUAAGAUCUACACACACAGUGGUGAUGGAAUGCUGGUGUACAGCCUUCAAAAGAUGCCAAUCUUCUUUGAAUAUGAGAAAGACAAAAUUGUACAUCCUACAGUAUACACUCUAUGGAGGUAUCCUGAUAUGCUGCCUGUGUUGACUACUGGACCCCCAGUGUUGGAUAGGAUGGUAGGAGGUGCAGAUUUGAUGUUGCCAGGUGUUAUUGUGAGGGAGCCAGUUACACCAUAUACAUUCAAACAUCUAAGCAAGGGUCAGAUUGUUGCUGUUGACUUAUAUGGGAACAGGGCCCCUGUGGCUGUGGGGAAGAUGGCUAUGUCAGGGUCAGAUAUGUUUGAAGUAAACAUGAAAGGCAAGGGAGUCAUCAUUCUGCAUGUAUUACGGGAUCAGCUAUGGCUUUUUGGAGACAAGUCCAUGCCACCACAUAUACCAUAUCCUGAUGUCACUGAUAAUGGUGACAUUACAACAGACAAUGUUGACGACAUAACCACAGAAAGUGAUGACAAGCCAAAAAGUGAAGACAUUAAGUGCAAUGCUACAUCAUCUGAUAUACAAGACAAUGAAGAUGGUGUAGAACAAGUUACAGGAAGUAUUGAGGAGUUGAACAUUGUUGAAGAUGCAGAAGAUGAGGUGGAGGAUACAAGAUCUGAAUCUGAAAUCCAAGAUGAGUUAUUAUUCACCUGCUUUAUGUGUGCCUUAAAGGACAAGGUCAAUGCCAAGACUGAUCUCCCACUGUUGACCAGUGAAUUCUUCCGCUCAUACAUGGUGCCAUAUUGCCCACCUGGCAAAGAAAUAAAUGUAAAAAAGUCAAGUUAUAAAAAGCUGUCAAAGUUCCUGAAGUCCAUGCAGACUGAAGGUAUCAUUAAGGUGCAGGAGCUAUCAAAAGGUGUGGACAGUUUAACAGACAUAUAUAAACAACAUCCAAGGUACAGAGAAUUUGUUAUUCCUGAAGAUAUCAUAGAUGCUCAAAAUGAGAUCAUGUUGGAGGAGGAAGAUUGUGUAUAUGAACCACCCAAGAUUCAAGAGAUGUAUAUGGUCAAUGGGAACACCAUGGAGCUAUUUAAGAUAGCAAACUGCAAGAAAGGAGAUGCUUUGAGUACACGUGAAAUCCGUGAAAUACUUAAGAAACAUGUUAAAGAAAAUGAGCUACAGAAUGAAACUGGGAGGGUUGUGAUGGACCCAGUGUUAACAGAUGCAGUGUUGGGGAAGGCUUCCAAUGUUCCUACACUCAGGUGGGAUGAGAUGAUACAAAAAUGUCAAGCUAGGAUGGCCCCGUGCUAUAGUAUAACCUACCCAGGUCAGACACCUAUCAUCAAAAAGGGAAGUGUUGACCCAAUCACCAUCACAAUAGCUAAAAGAAUGGGUAAUAAAAAGGUGACACUGGUUGAGAAUCUCGAGAAUUUUGGCAUUGACCCCAAGGGAUUUGGCCAAGAGGUUAAAGUUGGUGUAGCCAGCAGUGUCUCUCUUAGCAAACUUCCUGGAACAAAUAGAGGAAAAGAGCGAGGUUUACAAGUUCUAGUUCAAGGAAACCAGAUAAACUUCAUAGCUGAUUUAUUAUUAGAGACCUUUCAAAUUCCCAGGAAAUUCUUGAUUGGCUUAGAAAAGGCACCUAAGGUUAAAAAAACCCAAGAAACAAAGAGACAGAAACAAAGGAGCAAUGCAGAAAGCUAGUGAAAAGUGGAAUAGAAAAUCUUAUAUUCAAUUAUGUUUCCACAUUUAAUACCCUUCCCAUCCUUCAUGAACAUUUUUGGAGAUUACUUCCAAUUCUAAAAUUAUAACUGUGUUUAUUAAAUUAUAAAAUACAGAAAUAUAAACUAAAAACAUUAAGUUAUUUGAAAUCUUGACGUAUUUGAGUUGUUGUCUGAUAGCUCCUCCUUGAAACCCAUGGUUGGUGAAUCUACCCAAAGAAAGAAAUAAUGUGCAUUCGGAUGUACAUUUGUAAAUUAUGAAUGUUAUGAUGUGAAUAACACACACCCAUACUGGCAUUUGUUUAAGUAUCAUGUAAAUUAUGCACAUGAAAAUAAAAAAUGCAUCUGUAUAUUUACUGGUGUUAAAUUUACUGGUGAGAAUUACAGGCACCAAGAUGCACUUUCACUUCAUAUGUGCAUUUAUUACCACAUAUGGUAAGAAAUCAUUAUACCAACCGGUCUGAUACAAAGGCUUAAUUAACAUGCAUCAAUUCAAUACUAUGCCUUGCUUUCAUAGUGUUAUAUUCAUACUUUCAAAUCUAAUGUCUUACUGCUUAUGAAAUAUUGCAUGGUGAUUAUCAUGGGCUUCAUAUUGUAUCAAGUUAAGAAAGGUUCAAAUCAGAUUUCCAUUGAACUAACAUAUAUAACAGCAGAUUAUAUAAAAAUGGAG